AAUAAAUUAAAAAAAAAUAAAUAAACCUUCCAUGAUGGAUUUCUUCUUUUUAAAAUAAGUCCACAUUAUAAUAAUGACAAGAACAAAAACACAUAAAUUGAAGGUCAUGUAGUCAAUGUAUUUAAAAACUGUAACAACAUUAAGUUAUAGUGAUUUUUUCUUACAUUAAAUUAACUUCAUUUAAAAUGUUGCUUUUCUUUGUCUUCAAAGUUGCAAACCUGUCAAUCACUUGAUCAAAAUCAAUGUCCUUCACUGUAUCACUUUCAAUUAAUAGCAGAGCCACAUCAGAAAGCCUAGACUGCCCCAGGGUGGAUCAUAAAUAUUUAUUGAUAAGCCUUAGUUUUUAAAAGCUCCGCUCACAAGGCCUAGCGAGAGCAUUGGAAGAAAUUCAAGAAAGUCCCAUUCAGAUAUGAAUUUCAAAACAUCAAAUACUGACCAGUCCAUGAUUUUGUGAAAUUCAAUUUAAGCUGCCCUCAGAUGUUUUCUAAGCCUUGGUAUUUCUUUUAAAAGUUCAUCUUCUGAUAAAUCAUCAUAGAAAUAAGUUAUUUUUGGAACGGACACCAAUAACUCUUCUUCACUUGCUGAUACUAGACUCUUGGGUUGAACAGCCCCAAGCAUAUCUGCUACUUCCUUGAUCGCUGAUGAUCUGAUCUGGAGUUCAGAAUGAAAGCCUCUCCCUACAGUUUUCUUCUCGCAGAAAGAGUCCAGCAUCUAUUAAUAGUUCUCCUGCUAUUCCCUUUUUAAACCUUAAUCUUCUCUCUACCGAAAUUCAAUAUUUAGUCUGAUUUUAAAAGUGCCUUUUCGAUAGCAUGUUCCCCAAAUGACAGAGAUUGUCGUGCAGAAAGAAUCUGUUGUAACAAAGAACACGAUUUUUUAUAUAAUUUAAUUUAAGUAUAUUUAGUCCUCAUUAACCCCCAAGAUUUUCAUUUUUACCCCCCUCCCCAACCGGCUUGUGGUAAUUUACCCUGGUCUGCAGACCCCUGAUAUAGAUCUAGAAGCAUAAAUAAGCAUACGGUUAUGCCAAUUUCGUCUAUUUUUUAUUUAAAAAUUUUAAUUACAUUUUUUUGGAACAUAUACUCUAAAACUGAGUAAAAAAAUAAAUUUAAGCUUUUCUCCCUUUCUACUCAAUGGAUUUGUGUGAAACUAAAGUGCUGUUGUAAAAAAUUCACAAAAUUCAUCAGCACCCUGGCAUUUGGACCCAUUUAUUGGACGGUUGCGGAAAAUUUCAAAUAUAGUAAAUAAAGAAAGAUUUCAAAAUAUAGUUUUAUAGCUGAAUUAAUCAUGGUGCUUAUAAAUUUUCAAGUUUUAGUGUACUAAAAUAUCACAGAUACUUCAGUGAACUAUGUUGGCAUAUUUUAUACUAUAAAUAUUUAAGACUUAAAUAGACUGAAUUUAUGCUCAGUUUUACAGAGAUUAUGGAGUGUAGGAAAGGUUUGAAAUUGCUUGGCUGUGGCAAUCGCACAUACAAAGCUGUCAUUGAUACUUAUUUAUCAAACUGUCAAGCAAAAAUAUCUAAAAUCUGGCGAUGCAAUUACACCUCAUCUGCCAAUUCAACUAAUAAUAAACCCUAUAUACCAAGGAGAACUGUCAUGUAUGUACCAGGUCAUGAUCCUAAAAAAUUAAAAAAGAUUCCUCAUUUGGGAGUGGACUGCGCUGUAUUAGAAUGUGAAGAUGGGGUUGCAAUAAAUAUGAAGGUAAGAGGGUAUAUAAUUCAUAUUCUUGUCAUUUUUAUUGAAAAAGUUGUAAAUAAAUUAUCAUUUAUUAUUUUCAUUAGAUAGAGCAAAUUAAAUUUUAUUUAUGUAAAAAAACUUUACAUGUGAAUUAUUGGAGGAAACGUUUAAAACUGUUUUCAAAAGCCAUAGAAUAAAUUUUAGUCUUUUGUUCCAUAUAUUUAACUUGUUAUUGGGAACUAAUGACCAAAAAACCCCUUUCCUAAUGUUUUUCUUAGGCUGAGGCAAGAAAAAACAUAAGGGAUGCUCUUGAGUAUUUAGAUGUGAAAACAGCUGACCUUGCCCUUCGUAUUAACUCUCGAUCUAGCCAGCUUAUGGAAGCUGAUUUAGGAGCCAUAAUAGGAGCUGAGCUUGGGGCAAAGGCAAAUGUUAGACAGCUUCCCCAAACUAUUCUUUUACCAAAAGUUGAUUCUGUUGAGGAUUUGGUAAUUGUAAGUAAAUCAUUUAAAUAUUUAUAUGAAAAUAGUUAAUUGAUUUUCUAUGUAAUGAAUUGAUAAUAAUUUACCGAGCUGACUUAAUGUUGAAAGCAAACAAUACAGCUUAUUUUAAGAUAUAAUCUAAUAAAAUUACUUUAAAAUCACCUGAAAAAUAUUUUACUAACAUUUAAAAUCUGUUAGGACAAAUGAAACCUGAUGGUUCAUGUUUUUCUGCCACACUCAUUGCCUCAUAAAUGAAAAUGCAUGCAAAAAAAUUAAUGAAAUAACAAUUCAGAUAACUUCAUAAAUAGAUCUGUAAAAAUAAUAAACAAUGCACAGUUAGCUUAAAAAAAAAUUUCCUACCAAAUCGAGUGAAUGCAAGGCAUCUUUUAACUUUUCAGUUUAAAAUAUGUUUACUAUUGUUGAACUAAAUAUAUAUGCUGUUUGUUUACUUUAAAAAAAAAUUAUGGAAAAUGCAAAAUGACUGUUUUUUUUUUAAAUUAUGGGUUAAACUUAAACAAAAGUGAGCAGCUGUUUAACAUCAUAAUGUAUGAACUUAUAAAAAAAAAGCCAAAAACACAAAUUAUUUCUUUCAAAUUCCUAAUUUUUCAGUUCUCUGAGACAUUAAAGUCAGUUAAGCUGGACCGGGGGUACUGUCCAUAUCUACUAAUAUAUGUCGAAAGCUCUCAAGCACUGCUUAAUAUGAGGGACAUUCUGAAGAUUGGAACUGAUUUAACUCAGUUAGGUGUUUUUCAGCUGGAUGGUGUAAUAUUUGGGUCUGAUGACUUUGUGGCAGACAUAGGUUUGUGUUAGAGCUAUUAAAUGUGUUACACUAACUGACAUUGUUAUAAUAUUAUACUCUGCACUUAUUUUAAAUUCAUCCUAAUAAUAAUAUUGAAACCCCUUGCCAGUGCCAACAUGAAAUGCAUUACAAAUAGGAAAUCUCACACUUUAAAUAUAAUAUACCUUCAGGUGCUGAAAGAACAUUAGAUGCUAAAGAGCUUAUGUAUGCUCGCCAGAAAAUAGUCAGUGUCUCAAAAGCUUUCAGACUGCAAGUGAUCGAUAUGGUUUACUUGGAUAUUCAAGGUAACAUAUUUUGGAGCACACAGUUUGCUUAAGAUUCUUGCAUAUAAUUAUAAAAAAUAUAAUUUAAGUAACAUUAAAAGUUUUAAAAAAAAUUAGUUUUAGAAAAUUGAUAGUGUAAGUGUAAACAAUGAUUACUUAACCCAUUUAUGCCUAGUGUUCAUUUAUUGGACAGUUCACAUGUGUGGGUAAUUUAUAUUCUACUGCUAGCGGUUAUCAUGGAGAUCUGAUAUUUCACAUAUAUGUGUCUGCUUCCUAAAGGUUCAUAUCAUGUGCUACAAAUGGUUUGUCACCAUGCUGCAGUUACUGUUCUCAAUGGUCCUCAAAAAGUAUUAUAAAAAAUGUCACAUUUUUUAAAAUCCAUCCAGGAUAAAUAGAUAUAACUUUAUGAUGAAGUUCCACCAACUUCAACUGCAGAGCACCACUGAAAUCAAAGAGAGACAAAAAGUUUCCACAAAUGUAAAAAGGCUGACUUAACUCACAACCAGCAGCAGAAAGAGCUGCAGAACCACCAAAAGAUUUUUUUGACUGAAACAUGAACUCAGACAGAAAUUUUAAAAAAAUUUUGUUGAACGCAUUAAAAUGUGCUUCUAGUUAGUACUCCCACUUGUAUGCUGCAAGUAAUGGUGUAAAUCUUGGCUUGAUUAGCUCUGAAUUCAGCUUUUUCACAAGUGGUUUUGACUCAGUUCCCAGAAGACGUAAGUAACGAGGACAAAUAAUUCGAGAUGCACAUAAUGCACUUGUUAGUUUUGACAUGAGAUGUGAUCACUUUGAAACUAUAUUUUCUAAUUGACAUCUUGCUGAUAAUGCCAAUCUUGGCAGAAUUAUUAAGUUUUCCAAGUUGUGACGUAUCAUAAACAAACCCAUUGGGAAAUGCAUAAAAAUGUGUCCCAAAUGAAACAUAAAUGUUUCAGCUUUGAUAGUUCCUUAUUUUGGCCAUCAGGGGUGAAAACAUUAUAUUUGUGGAAAGCACAUUUGAGUUGGUUAUAAGCUUUAGUGUGGUGCAUCACACCAGGGAAACAUGUCCUUGUUUCACCCAUAUCAGUGUAAAAUUCAGAUAAUAAACACGAGUAAUAGUGUUGGUGCAUUUAAUUCCCUUCAUUUGAGUGAAGCACAUACACUCUUGACAAAUCCCUUUAGUACUUGAUCAUUUUUCACCAGUUUUUGCACUUCUUAAAAAUUUAUUUCAGGAGUAGGUACAGUGAAAAAUUCAUCAGUAUAUUUGCCUAGUUUUCCAUUUUUGGAACACCCCCAUAACUCCACACUGGGAUAUAAUCAAAAAAUUUUUUUUCCUUUUCUAAUUCUCAUUUUGGUAAUUUUUGUAGGUAAUUUGUAAGAAUUUCGUGCCAAAAUUUUUAAAAAUUAUUACCUCCUGCAUAAAUGGGUUAAGAAAUGGUAAGGAAAAAUAAUAUAGUAGUAGUAGCUUUUUAAAAAUUAUUAUGUUUGAAUUUGACUUUUUAAAUUAUUAUUUAUUAGCUAUUUCUGAUAGCAUCCCUAUUUAGUAUUUAAGUGAAUGGCACCAAUGCGUUAAAGAAAUGUUGAAUUUAUUAGAUAUUGAAGGUUUGCAGCGUCAGUCUCAAGAAGGGGCUAAGAUGGGUUUUACGGGGAAACAAGUGAUUCAUCCAAAGCAAAUACAAAUUGUUGAAGCAGCUUUUACCCCAAGCCCUGCAAAGGUUGAUUGGGCCCUUCAACUUAUACAAGGAUUUGAGGAGCACCAGAAGUCUGGGAAGGUAGGCUUUCUAGUAUUAUGAUGUCAGAAGCUCUCCAAUUACUCCAAAACAUUAAAAAAAAAUUCCCAAACUAUUGCUUGAAAAAUUAAGCACAUCUCAAGCAUCACUUGACAAAGCUUAUGGCUGUUGCUCUGAUAAAAACAACUCUAAUCAUGACAGAGAUAAUACUAUGCAUAGCACACUAAAAAAAAAUGUCUUCUAUUUUGAUUAUUUUAUUUUGAUUUUGAAAAUAUUCUUUUCCGAGUAACUUUAACAAAAAAAAUACAGGCAAUCCUAAAGUAUGAUUUAUACAAAAUGUAAAUUUAAAUUAGUUUAUGCUCUACAAUAAAUCUCCAUUAAGUUAAUAGGACAUAAUUGUUAUCUCACUGGCAACAAUUUAAAGGAACUAUGUGAAACAAGGUGUGGGAAAACCUGAAAGUAGGACGCAACUAAACAAUGACCAUGUCAGUAAGAAGCCUUCUUUAGCGAAAAAAGACAAUAAAAAUGUAAACAAUUUUUUUGCAUGAAAAGUAAAGCUCAAAUUUAAUUUCAAAUGAAUAUGUGAAUACAUUUUAUUACAUAUUUUGUACUGUAAAUAUCUAGAAUGAUAUUAAUUUAACUAAUUUUUUUGUAUUUCAUCUUUAUUCCAGGGCGCUUUUGUUUUUAGAGGACAGAUGAUUGACAUGCCCUUGUUACGACAGGCUAAAAAUAUUCUAAAAGUUAUUGAUGUUCACAAGCAAGCAUCAUAGCUGAGAGUUUUAUUGACAUGUGGCUUACUGAAAUAAGUAGAAAUGUUUAUCAAUUUUAUAUGAAUAAUAUCCUACUAAUAAUGUGGAUUUCAGUAUUAAAUUUUUACUCCAGACAGACAUGUCAUGUUUUCUUAUGAAAAGUGUGGAGGGAUCAAAUCAAUAUAUUUUGAUCCAUGAUCUGACCAGGCUGAGAUAACAUCUACCCAUUUUUUUCUAUCUUAUGAGGUAAAAAGCAAUGACUUUAUUGGUGAAUAAGCAUAUACAGGUAGACCUGAUAAAAUUUGCUAAAUUGAUCAAUAGAAAGUGAUAACUAAAUAAGAUUUUGUGUGUGUAAGCAUUGUUAGAUGUCAUGGUUGCAAAUGAUACUAUACUACUGCUAUAAAUAAAGAAAUAUUAGAUGCAUUAGAAUGUAUUUCAAACUUUAAAAAAAAAUCAAAUAUGCAUCAAUUUCAAUCCUGUAAAAAUUUAACUAGAUAUAAUUUUUAAAAGCUAAUGCCGAGGCUGGAUUCUUUUAACAAAUAAACAAAUUGUUAAAUUUUUUGAAGUUACAUAUUUUGUUCUACAUUCAUUUGUAAAGUGACCACAUAACCUUGCACUGUUAACCAUGAUUAGCAUACCGUAAAACUUAAUUAAAUAGUUAAGGUUAUGAGUCAUGUUUUGACUAAUUUAUUAACAAAAAUGUGUAAGAUCUUUUGAACAAAACUCCUAAAAAUCAUAGUUCAACUCUGACAAUAAAAAUCCAAAAAUAUUUCAAAUCAUUUCUCAAAAACCUGUAGAAGUUAAAUGUUUUUUUUUUUAAAACUUGUGGACUCUUGCCACUACAAUGAAAUAGUUGCUCUUCAAUAAAUCUAUAGCCAUCGAUGGGAAUGAGAGCUGCAAGUAGCUCUUAGAUUACAAAGUUGAAGCAAUGUAUUUUUACUUUUAUUUGGGGAAAAAAAUAGAAGAAUUAAAUUCUUUUGGUUUUAACUUUAACUAAAAUUAAUACUAUUCUGAAAUCCUUUAAAAUAAAGUAAGUCCAGGAACAGUUAAGAGCUGAAGAACAAAUUAAAUUGGAAAAUAAAAAAUGUGAUCAUUGAAAUCUUAAUAAACUAACACUGUGAGUGCUUUGUGUCACUGGCGUCAGUACAUAGACGACAUAUUUAUAAUUUUCUCUGUUGAUGACGGUAAUGAACCCACUCUUUUGUAAGGUUGCACUACAUGACAUACAGUUGAUUUUAGUAAUGCAAUUGACACUUUUUUGUGUUAAUAUUAGUAUCUUGACAGCAGUUGAAUAUGGGACUUUUUUGUACCUUCUGCGACUGAAACAGCAGAUAUGAAUGGCUUAAAGACUUUGCCAGUAAGCUUAUGCAGCACUGCUAAAUUCCUUGGUGUCGUGAAAUGAUUAGGCCAGAAACCUUGUCAUCCUUGGGUGAUGAGUUUCAGGGAGAAUUCAAAUGAUAUCAAGUUAGCAUGGCAAGUGUAGAUUCCAGUAUAUCCACAUCAUCUUGUGCCAGAUUUUUCAACAAUUCGAAAUGAUUUGAACUUGGGCACAUCAUCUGGAAAAAAAAAUUUGAACAAAUUUUUAUAAUGAAUAUGUUGUCAAGUUCAUGAUCCUUGAACCCCCUCUACCAACAGAAGUAAAAUAAAUGACAAUAGUAUAUUUUUAUUUAGUUUCUUGACUUUAUUUUGGACAAAGACUACAAAGUAAAAGCACUUUACCACAUUUCUGAGAUGGUCCCUGGCUGAUUUCAGACAUUCUGAUACCAGUUUUGUAGCCAGAGAGUUUGCCUUAGAUUCAUUAUCAUUAGAUAUAGAAAUUCCUUGUUUAAGUGACUUCCAUAAAAAUCUGAAAUAUAAGUUAUCAAAAACUAACUGAAUAGAAUUAAAAUUUAUUCAAGCAAUUUUUUUGUUUGACCUAUGGCAAUUUUGUUUCUAGGUACUUUUUCAGCAUAUCUACUAAACUUAACUAAAUAACAAAAUUACUAGAAAAUGUUGCAAUAAUCAUAAUCACAUUUCUUAAAAUAACACAUUUAUUUAUUCAAUUAAUUAUUUUAAGAGCUAUUUAGCAUAAUUCAAAAACUUUACAAAUUUUUAUAAUAGUUAAAAAUAUAUUGUAACAAAAUAUAUGUUCAGCCACCUUGAGUAACGAAAUUAUCAUUCUGCAGUGCAUACAUGUUAAUGCUUUGUUUUAAGUCAAGUUUAAGAAUUGGAAAAUCAGCAGACUUUGUCAGUCAUCAUGCUAUAAUAUAAUUG